UAUUUUAUUUUAUUUUCCGGCGGAGUUUUUUUUACGCUCGUGAUUCGAAACGAUCUCGUUUACACGGAGGGAUCGCGACGUAAUAAAGAAUCGGCAAGAGGAAAAGAAGGAACGCGCGAAAGGAGAGCUGAAGAGAGAAGAAAAACCGUGAGCCGAACGAACGAGCAGACACACGUUUCGCGCGUUUGUCGUUCGUCACGUCACAUCUUGCCCGCCGUGAUCACGCGAACGUGCGCGCUUCGGAUCUACGUUAUAUACGCUUUUGUACGACACUUUGCCACCCACGUAUACAUACAUGUAUAGACGAACGGCGCGGUAACACGCAUCCACGUAACGUCGCUCUGUCCCGGAACGAAAACCGGCGAGAAGAGUUUUAAAGAAAGAAUAGAGAAAAAAGGUAUAUUGUGAACAAACGCGCGACGAAUAAACAGUGUAAAUGGCGCUCUCGGCACAGAACCAGUCGACGUCAUACGUGAACUUGUAUUACUCGAUCGUCCAACGUGCGGCGACACGCUACUUUAAGGAAUAUUACAACUCCGAUACUGGCGCGCCCUACGUAUUGUACAAGGACAACAUGGAGAGACCCCAGGGGCAAUGGGGCCCGGGGCCGGGAUCUCUCCAGGACGGGGGACUGUAUCCGCAGCAACAGCAACAACAGCAACAGCAGGGCUCCUCCUCGUCCGGCAGUCCACAGCAGGCCUGUGGUCCUCCUGUCGAAGGAGAAAGCGGUCCCCCGCCUUCGUUGGCCUCUCCCGUGCCCUCACCGUACCCCUCGGCACCGCCUGAGCCUCAAGCCUUAACCCCACCCGACGACGACAUACAAUCGAGUCAAGCCACCUCUCAACAACAGCAGCAACAGCAACAACAACAACAGCAGCAGCAACAGCAACAAACGCAACAGCAAGUGCAACAGCAGCAGCAGCAACAACAGCAGCAGCAGCAGCAAGUUCAACAGCAACAGCAGCAGCAGCAACAACAACAACAGACUCAACAACAAGAUCAUUCGCCUCAACAACAACUAACGCCGCACGAAGUGGACCGUACCGACUGUUUUCCUGGCGCUGGAGAGCUGCAGCAGUAUCCACAGCACUAUUUCAAAGAGGCCAGGCCCCAUCCAUCGCCAUCCGUACCCCCACACAUGCUCACACCGAGUGGUUUCUCCGCGUUACAUUAUUUAAAACAACCUGGCGUAAUGCUUACGUCCCUCGGCCAAGGAGACGGUGGGCCCACAUUGGAUCCUCAUCAAUACGCGAGCCCCGGGGCACCGAACAUGAGCACCGGUUUGCCGGACAUCGUCCAACAGAGCGGCAAGUCGGGAAAAGGAGCGAACAGCGAUCUACGUUUGUUCAAGUGUCUGACUUGCGGGAAAGAUUUUAAACAGAAGUCGACGCUACUACAACACGAGCGGAUCCAUACGGACAGUCGGCCAUACGGGUGUCCAGAGUGCGGGAAGCGGUUCAGGCAACAAUCGCAUCUAACGCAGCACCUUCGCAUACACGCGAACGAGAAGCCGUACGCUUGCGUUUACUGCGAGCGUACGUUCCGGCAGCGUGCGAUCCUCAACCAGCAUCUGCGCAUCCACUCGGGUGAGAAGCCAUACCAAUGUCCGGAGUGCGGAAAACACUUCCGUCAGAAGGCGAUCCUGAAUCAGCACGUCCGCACACACCAAGACGUGAGCCCGCAUCUGAUCUUCAAGAACGGGAUGACGCCGACGCUCUGGCCGCAGGACGUGCCGUUCCCGCCUGAGGAGGGAAAAGAGGAAGUUGCAUCGACGUUCGGUGACACGGACACCCAGUCGGGAGCAUUCAGCCCGGCGCCGGACGCGAAUUCCAUCCAGUAUCCCGCCUACUUCAAGGACCCGAAGGGUGGCAAUCACGCGGUCUUCGGUCCCGCUGGAACCGGCAGCUUCGGUGCUCUCCAGUAUAUCAAGCAACAGGGCGGCACCAAGAGCUGUUUACCGGACGUGAUACAACACGGUCGCUCCGCGGGGAUGCCGUUGUACGUACGAUGUCCGAUCUGUCAGAAGGAGUUCAAGCAAAAGUCCACGUUGCUGCAGCACGGUUGCAUACACAUCGAGUCGAGACCGUAUCCCUGCCCGGAGUGUGGUAAAAGGUUCAGGCAACAGUCCCACCUGACCCAACACCUUCGCAUACACACGAACGAAAAGCCGUACGGCUGCGUCUACUGCGGACGUAAUUUCCGUCAACGCACCAUCUUGAAUCAACAUUUACGUAUCCAUACCGGCGAGAAACCGUACAAGUGUCAACAGUGCGGCAAAGAUUUUCGUCAGAAGGCGAUACUGGACCAGCAUACGCGCACCCAUCAGGGUGACCGACCGUUCUGCUGUCCGAUGCCGAAUUGUAGGCGGCGUUUCGCCACCGAACCCGAGGUAAAGAAGCACAUCGACAACCAUAUGAACCCGCACGCGGCCAAGGUGCGUAGGAACUCGAGCAGCGAUUCGAAACCACCCGGUACACCGGCCGGUCUGGGUCCUGUACCGGUGCCACGAGGUCUCACGCCUACGGUCGUCAAGCCGGAGCUCUAUUUCCCGCAAUGUUACGCGCCCGCGUUCAAUCAUCAACCGCCAGUGUCGACGGCGCAGUUCCCGGCUCAGGCGAACGGUGUAUCCGUUGCCGGCGAGUUCAAACCACCGACUGGUCUGCCGCCGCAGUGACUAACCGUCCAUCCUGCCGCCUACUAGCAAGCAGGAAUACCGCUGAGGUUUCAGCGAUGCUUCGGUCACGCGUUACAGAGCGACGCGACAGCGGCAGCAGUCGCAGCAGCAGCAGCAGCAACCACGUCCAGUGUCGCGCCGCACCGAUGCAGCCAGCAGCCGAUCCAGCAACACUACCCGUGACAUUUAUCGUGCAUUUACUAGCCUCUUUCUUUUCGUUUCGCGAUUCGCUUACUUUCCUCGUUCCAUUGCUUCGCGCAGCCUCGGAACCCCUCACGGCCAGCUAGUACUGAGCUCGACGGUGAUCGACCGGCUUCCCAUUAUUUCCAUCAACUUCUAUACGCGUCUUUCCGUUUCUACGCUCAAACUGCCUGAUCCCUUUUCCUUCGACGAACGUAGACCAACAGUCGCGGAGAUCGCCAAAGUACACUUUACGAUAAGCAACUGUUUUCUCUGAUCACCGAUCAUCGUUACCUGACGAAUACUCUGCUUCACCGGACGCAGCCAACCGAGACCGUGUUCUACCACGGCGUAACACAAUGACUAUAGAUAGUUUAAGCAAGAUAGAAAGUAAAUCCAGUCGGAUAUAUCCAACGAGCUACGCGACUGUCGAGGGAUUCGAGAGGGAAAGAGGAGGGCAAGCUUGGUGCGGCCAAGCCUUUCUCGUCGUUCACCGUCGAGCACAUCACCGGCGUCGAUUGAGUGAAUCAACCAACGAAGAAUCUCGUCUAUUCCCCUAAAACCUCCCCGAUACGUAUUUUUUAUAUAUAUUAAAUGAAUUAACGACGUACCUUGUCGCGUUUUUUUUCGUGGAUACGCGAAUAGCUCGAGAGAGUUCGGUGGUUCAGCGCGCAGGCAGGCCGUCCGAGGUGUCGUUCGUUACACCGCUCAUAAAUACACAUCACUACAGACACACGAAAACACGCAUACUCGUAUACGCCGUGUUUCGUAAAGACACACGGGGGGGUUAAUAUUGAUGUUCCAUCUCGAUCAGAACAUUGCCCGAAUGAAACAAAUUUAAAAAAAAAAUCUAAACGAUUGUGAUACGAUAUUUAACUUGCCUAUGUUUAAAGAGACAAAGAAAUGGAAAGCAACAGAAUGAGAAAGAAGAAGCGGCAAAAUGUGAGAUACCAUGGGAGGAAGAUACGUUUGCCUCGAUAGAGGAAGGUGAAUACACGACCACGAGAGGAAUGCCUGUAAAUAUGUAAAGCCGUUCACUUCGACGAACAAAUAAAACGGGGAAAGGUAAAAAAAAAAGAAAGAAAGAAAGAAGAAGAGCACGUUGAAAUGGCGCGAAAAAGAAGUGCGUGAGUGCGUGAAUGCUUUACGUGUGUGAAAGAAGGAGAGAAAGAGAUGCUCGAACGCGGGGGUGGAAGAAGGCCGAACGGAGGAUACGAGAGUGGGUAAAGGAUCGUUGAAGAGAUACACAAGAAAAAAGAAGGCAAAAAUUGAAGAAGAAACAGCAAAGAAAUAAAAGAAGGUAAAGGAAAAA